AUGGCCCUCGACAGGCUCCUCGUCGGCGCGUGGAGUGUUCGUUGCAGGGGCAGCAUCAGCCCGAGGGGGGCUCGUGCUCUUCCAGCGCCGCUUUCGUGCUUUUACCGCUCAUUUCACUCCGCCCUCCCGCACCGGAACGCCCCAAGCAGCCCAGAUUCCAAGCCUGCGGGCGCCGCAAGCGGACCCGCCCCCGAAGCAGCAGGAAUCCCCUACUCCGACCUCGUUGUCGGUGUCCCCCGUGAAACGUUCCCCAAUGAGCGAAGAGUCGCCCUCACGCCCCAGAACACUGCCCUGCUCCUCAAGAAGGGCUUCCGUCAGGUCCUUGUAGAGCGUUCGGCCGGUUUAGAAGCGCAGUUCCUAGAUGAGCACUACACCGCGGCGGGGGCGACGCUCGUAGACAAGGCGCAACUUUUAGAACAGUCGGACAUCCUUCUCAAGGUCCGAGCACCAGCGUUGGGCGGGGAAGUAGAAAGCGUCAAGCGGGGCAGCACCCUCAUCUCCUUCUUGUAUCCCAAUCAGAACAAGCCGGUCGUUGAAGCCCUCGCGGCUAGGAGCGCAACGGCGUUCGCCAUGGAGAUGAUACCUCGUAUAUCCCGCGCCCAGGUCUUCGAUGCGUUGAGUUCUAUGGCGAACAUUGCUGGAUACAAGGCGGUUUUAGAAGCUGCUAAUCACUUCGGCCGUUAUUUCACUGGUCAGGUCACCGCCGCUGGGUACGUCCCACCAUGCAAAGUUCUAGUCAUUGGUGCCGGGGUUGCAGGAUUGAGUGCGAUCGUCACGGCUCGCCGUAUGGGUGCUAUUGUACGCGGUUUCGAUACUCGUGCGGCCACUAAAGAACAGGUUCAAUCCCUCGGCGCUGAGUUCCUCACGGUUGAGGUUGAAGAGUCUGGUGACGGACAAGGCGGAUAUGCUAAGGAAAUGUCCAAGGAGUUCAUCGAAGCUGAGAUGGCACUCUUCAUGGAGCAAUGCAAGGAAGUCGACAUUGUGAUCACCACUGCUCUCAUCCCCGGACGACCUGCACCCAGGCUCAUCACUGAGGAGGCAAGUAUGGUCUCUGCCAUGAAACAGGGCUCAGUAAUUGUGGACCUCGCCGCGGAAACCGGUGGAAACUGUGCGGUGACGAAGCCUGGCGAACUUAGCGUUCACAAGGGUGUCACUGUCAUUGGUUACACUGACCUGCCCUCGCGUCUACCCACUCAAUCGUCAACCCUCUACUCGAACAACGUCACCAAGUUCUUGCUUUCUAUUGGUACAGACAACCGGUUCAAUGUCAACCUCGAGGACGAAGUCGUCCGUGGCGCAAUCGUCGUGCACAACGGCAACCUCCUUCCUCCUGCUCCUCGUCCUGCCCCACCGCCUGUUGCUGCUCCGAGCGCCACUCAAGCCGCCGAAGUAAUUGAGUCUAAGGCUUUGACUCCCUGGCAAAAGGCAACACGUGAAGUUGCUCUUGUGACAUCUGGCAUGGGUGGUGUUGUUGCGCUCGGAAAGCUGGCAGGUCCGGUGUUCAUGGCCAACUUCUUCACCUUUGGUCUCGCCGGGUUGAUCGGUUACCGUGUCGUCUGGGGUGUCUCACACGCCCUGCAUUCGCCACUCAUGUCCGUGACGAACGCCAUCUCCGGGAUGGUGGGUAUUGGAGGCCUGUUCGUCAUGGGCGGUGGCUACCUUCCACACACGAUUCCACAGGCUCUCGGUGCUGCGUCAGUCCUGCUAGCGAGUGUGAACGUCGCUGGCGGUUUCGUGAUCACUAAACGCAUGCUGGAUAUGUUCAAGCGUAACACUGAUCCUCCGGAAUAUGCUUGGCUUUACAGUAUCCCUGCAGCGGCCUACACCGGAGGCUUCCUUUGGGCGGCGAGCACCGGCAUGGCGGGUAUUGUCCAAGCCGGCUACCUUGCUAGCAGUGUUCUUUGCAUCAGCUCCAUCUCCGGUCUCGCUUCGCAGGCCACGGCGAGGCAAGGAAACGUUCUCGGAAUGCUCGGUGUGGGUUCCGGUAUUCUAGCCUCCCUCGCUGCUGUUGGCUUCCCACCCGAAGUCCUUGCGCAAUUCGGCAUUAUGGCUGCACUUGGGGGCACGUUCGGCACCGUCAUUGGACGUCGUAUCACUGCCAUCGAGCUUCCAGAGAUGGUGGCUGCACUUCACUCCGUAGUCGGUCUCGCCGCCGUCAUGACCAGCAUCGCAAGUGUACUCGCCGACCUCGGUCACGCCUCCACGUUGCACUUGGUUACUGCGUACCUCGGAGUUCUCAUUGGCGGGAUCACCUUCACCGGCUCCGUCGUUGCAUUCCUCAAACUUGCCGGCCGUAUGUCCUCGCGUCCGCUCUACAUUCCCGCCAAGCACUUGGUCAACUCUUCCCUGCUUGCGACGAACAUCGCAACGAUGGGCGCAUUCGUGACAAUGGCGCCCUCCGCUCCACUGGUUGCGGCUGGCUUCCUGGGUGCGAACGCCAUUCUCAGUUUCAUCAAGGGCGUAACGACUACCGCGGCCAUUGGUGGUGCAGACAUGCCGGUUGUUAUCACGGUGCUCAACGCUUACUCGGGCUUUGCGCUGGUGGCCGAGGGCUUCAUGCUAGACAAUCCCUUGCUCACAACCGUCGGAUCACUGAUCGGGGUCAGCGGUUCCAUCCUGUCGUACAUCAUGUGCGUUGCCAUGAACCGGACCCUGACAAACGUCCUGUUUGGCGGAAUCAGCGCGCCGGUGGCAGAAGCGCAGCAAAUCGAGGGGACGAUCACGAAAGCAACGGUGGAUGAUGCGAUUGACAGCUUGCUCAACUCAGAGAACGUUAUUUUCGUCGUAGGAUAUGGCAUGGCAGUCGCAAAGGCCCAAUAUGCAAUUGCAGACGUUGUGAACAUGCUCAAGAGCAAGGGUAUCAAAGUUCGCUUUGCCAUACACCCCGUCGCCGGAAGGAUGCCGGGUCAGUGCAACGUGCUCCUUGCGGAGACUGGAUUGCCGUACGACAUCGUCUUCGGGCUUGAGGAAAUCAACGACGACUUUGCGGAGACAGAUGUGACGCUCGUCAUUGGUGCGAACGACACUGUAAACCCCGUCGCCCUGGAGCCUGGGUCGCCGAUCGCGGGAAUGCCUGUCCUUCACGCUUGGAAGAGCAAACAAGUCAUCGUCAUGAAACGCGGAAUGUCUGGAGGCUAUGCCGACGUCCCGAACCCGAUGUUCUUCAUGCCCGGCACGAAAAUGCUCUUUGGGGACGCACGCGAGACUUGCGAGGCCAUCAAGCGAGGCCUCGAAGCACGGAUCUCUCAGUAA